AUGGUGAAAGGGACUAACACAGAGGGUGAGGAGGAUGGAAUCGUAGAGAGAAAGGAAUUGGGGAAGAAUGGCAUCAUUGAUAAAGGUGAUUUAGCGCGAUAUGCUAGUCACAAUACAAGCAUUUAUCGAAAUGAAAACAUCACAAGUCUACCACCUAAAAAUCCGAUCACGGACUUCACCGCCUUCCUCCGGGAAACAUACUCUCUAGAGAAAGACCUAAUCAACUCGUGCGUGGAAAAAAGGCGGCGGCCUCGCCUCUUCCUGGUCUCCAGGGAGGAGAAGAGGGGCCUGAGGAAUGAGGGGGAGGUGGCGAAGCUGGCGCGGGAAUUAGGGUUUGAGGCGAGUGUGCAGGAGAUAGGGCCGGAGGAGGCGCUCGUGGCGAGGAUGGUGAACGCGUUCGACGUGAUGGUGGCGGUGCACGGGGACGAGAUCACGAACAUGGUGUACCUCCCGGAGAGGGCGGUGUUGGUGCAGAUCGUGCCGGUCGGGUUGGCAGGUGUGGGUAGGGUUUACUUUGAGGAGCCGAGUAAAGUGAUGAAUUUGAUGUAUUUGGAGUGUAGGGUUAGUGUGGAGGAGAGCUCUUUGAGUGAGAGAUAUGGGGUUGGGGAUGAGGUGUUUAGGAACACUAGUAGUGUUAGGGAGAAGGGUUGGAAUGUGUUUAAAUCGAUUUAUAUGGAGAAUCAAGAUGUGAGUGUUGAUUUGGUGAGGUUUAGGAGGGUUUUGGUGGAAGCUAUGGAGCUUGUGUGUGGCUAG